AUGACAUUCAUAGUGACGGAGCUAAUGAACUUUACAUCGAGAAAUCAAUCAAGAAAGAGAUCAUAUCAAAAGUCAAAUGAAAUAUUUGUUUUAGAAGAGCAAUCAAAAGAUAAAGAUAGAAUGCCUAUCAUCAUUGAAGAUAUUGAUUUCGAUGAUCGAAAUUCAUUGAUAAACUUUAAUAGAGUUUAUCAUCUUUAUUAUCAAUGUUUGGAGAAUAGAGAUGAUAAAACGAGUUCAAAAUGUUAG